AUGACGUUAGAAGCGCUCCAGGAGGCUCUUGAGCUUCUUUCCCCGUACUUUUUUGCAGAAAUGGGGAUCUAUGUUGUCCUUGGCUUCUCCAUCCUGGGCUCUGCCAUCGGGAUCUUCAACACUGGUGCCACCUUGGUGACGUCCACGGUUGCGCACCCUGAAAUACGAUCCAAGAACCUUCUGUCUAUCCUGUUUUGCGAGGCUAUUGCUCUUUACGGCGUCAUCAUGUCGAUUAUAAUACUUACUGCCAUUAAGGAGGGAGCUGAGAGGUCUCUUACCAGAGAUUAUGUUACUAAGCAAGAAGUCCUGAAAGCUGGGUAUGGCUAUGGGGCUGCUGGUCUCUCUGUUGGGUUUUCUAACUUUGCUGCUGCAAUCACCGUGGGUGUUCUGGGGAGCUCUGUUGCUGUCUCCCACUGCGGCGACUCGUCGCUUUUCGUCAAGCUCUUUAUUUCAGAAAUUUUUGCGGAGGCGAUUGCACUUAUCGGUCUCAUCAGCGGGAUUGUGAUGACGACCUCUGUCGGUUUUGACCGUGGAAUCUAA